AUGUCAGACAGUGAGGAUAUUUUGUAUGAGGUUAAGGGAAAGGUGACUGUGAUCACCUUGAACUUGCCAAAAAAGUUAAAUGCAAUGACUGGCGACAACUAUCUUCAAUUGGCGAAAUUGGUAGCCCAGGCUGAUGAAGAAGACGGUACAGUGGCCACAAUCAUCCAAUCGACAGGCAGAUACUUCAGUGCUGGUGCUAAUAUCCUGGGCCUUUCUGAGUUUGAUGAUCCUUCUGAGAUUUUUUCCCAUGAUUUUUGGUUCAAGAACUUUGUCGGUAGAAACGCUUAUCUCGUGGAUUUGUUCAACAACCACAAAAAGGUGUUGGUUGCUGCACUCAAUGGUCCAGUGAUUGGUUUGUCGGCGGCAUUGGUGGCGUUAUGUGACUUGAUUUACUGCAUUGAUGAAGAAAAGGUAUACGUAUUGACUCCAUUCGCCAAUUUGGGAUUGGUAGCCGAAGGGUCUUCUUCCGCAACAUUGUUUUUCCGUCUCGGGUGGUCCAAGGCUUCUGAGGCCUUGCUCCUCUCUAAACCCAUUCCAGGGGACGACUUGAAUAAAGUUGGAUUCUUCAAUAAAGUAUUCACGGGCAAAGGUCUCACCACGGAGCAGUUCAAUGAAGAAGUAUACAAGGAAAUUUCCACUAAAUUGGAGGGCUUGUAUGAGCCAUCAAUUUUCCAAAACAAACAGCUUCUCAAGUCCAACAGAGAUCACUUAGUCAACAACGCCAAUUCCAAGGAGCUCAUCCAGGGCUUCAAUAGAUGGAUCCAGGGUAUUCCACAACAAAGAUUCGUGCAAUUAGCUAACAAGGAAAUAAAGCACAAGUUUUAG